CAGAUGGCCGGCUGUGCAGGGUCAAAUGUUAUCUAAUCUCUGCCCGAUCCACCACCGCUGGAAAUGCGGAAGGGACGGGACCGAAGAUACAGCUGCUCAUCUGGUGUUUGUUGUUGCCGAUCGGACCCGCGUGUCAACACGGGCUUCCUCUGACAACGGUUGCUUCCCCUUCUGAGCUCACAGACUCAGAGAUUCUUUGACAGUAAUGGACGGCAGAGAGACUUACAUGAAUGUGAAGUUCACCAAAACGGACUCACGGUUUCCUUCCCCAGCUGAACCUGAUGUAACGUACGCGGAACUUAAUGUCAAGACCCUCUCGGAGGCCCGGGACCGUACAGGUGGAGAAGGUCUGAAAUCCACCUACUCAGAGCUGAACUUUCGGAAAGAGGAACCCCGCAUCGAUGAGGCCGAAGAUCCUCCCAUUUCCUCGGGACCCGGCGGGCUGACAACCACUGCACGAACAGGUGCGCAGAAACAGAAGCCGAAGCAGAACAUCGGAAAUAGACCGGACCGUAGGAUCUGCCUAUUACUCCUAGUUACAAUCGGCCUCGUCGCGAUAGUGGCUGGGCUCUCGAUCUAUGUAUCACAGACUCGUCAUUUUCUGAUAACCUCCGAGCGAAACUACCAGAGACUUCGGGAACAAGAUCACGAGAUGAACAGGACCCAGCUCCAAUAUCAACAGCAAGUCUCCAAGUUGAACUCAACCCUUAAAUCCAGGACAUCCGAGAACACCCGCCUGGAUCUCUCCCAGAGAAACUGUCAGAAGAAUCUUUCCGCCCUCAGCAACAACCUCACUAUCCUCGAAAACAACUUUACUACCCUCAACUCGGAUCUCUCGGACCUGAAUCGAAAGCACAGCGAUCUCUGUCAUCAGUUCAAUCAGCUCGAAAUAAAGUACAGAAACAUCAACGAAAACAAAGCUCAGAUUUGCCAAUACCUUGCCAGGAGAAUAGAGACAACAUGUCCCCAUAACUGGAUCAAAAAAGAGGACCGGUGUUAUUUCAUAUCCGAGAUCACAAAAUCUUAUGAUGGAGCGAUGGGACAUUGUUCAGAAUACGAUUCGAGGCUCCUCGAAAUAGAUUCAGACGAGGAAAAGAAGUUUGUUUCCAGUGCUGUCUAUCGAUACGUAACAUACUGGAUUGGAAAAUGCGCAGACAGGAAUGUGGCCUCUGAUCUUCUGUACGAGUUGAACCAUGGAUCGCCCACCUGCAGUAAGUGCGAAUCGGACGGAUGGAGUUACUUUUCCAGUUACAGUUGCAAAAGUAAUUACAGAUUCAUCUGUGAGAAGACGGCACCUUUUUACCCGGAUAUUCCUGAAAAGAUCAGAGGACUCUGUCAAGACCCCGUGGGGCCAACGUCAAUCAAAUGACUACACCCCACUUCUCCGCAUUCAAUCCACCGCACCCUCAGUCCCCCAUCCUUUCAUCCCCACCCACCCUCUCUCCCCCUAUUACCUACCCCAAUCUCCCCCUCUACUCGCAUCCCCAUUUCCCACACUACUCUCCCACUCCCCUCCUAGACCACUCUUCUCCCCUCCCUGCCCCAAACUCUCCCGCACCCUCUAUUUACUCCUCCUUUCUACUCAUUCAUCUUCACACUCUGCCCUUCUUCCCAUUUGUCUAUCACUCACUUAACCCAGUCCCUGCCUCUCCGUUCUCUCCACCCACUCACCUCAAUUCUGUGCAUACUAGCUCUCGAUACCCCAUCCAAGGGGAAUAAAUACUGAGUAUUCACCCUACCUGUACCUCCCCUGGCUUUAUACCUACGCUCCAUGGAACAAAGUCCCAUUCUGCUUGCCUUCUCUCCAUAACUCAGAUCCUUGAGACCCGGAAACAUCCUCUUAAAUCUCCCUCCGCACUCCUUCCAGCUCAGUGGAGUUUUCCCUACAGGAGGGCGAACAGAACUCAACACCGUACUCCAGACGCGGCCUCCCCGACCACUCCUGGAACUACAACGUGACUCCAGUGCGGUGCAAAGAUGUAAAAUUAACGUUA